AUGGAUAGACAUCUAGCUCAGUCUGCAGAAUGCCAGAGACUACCUAUCAUCAGCUCUAGUUCUAUAACAGAGCAGGGUGAGUCAUCAGGGAAAGCUAUAGAGACAGUUGAGAUCAGACCACAGAGACAGACUACAGGAAAAACACAGAAGAGAGCUCAGAGGAGACAGAGGAAGAGAGAGGAGAGACACAAUAGUGAGAUGAGAUCUCCUACACAUCAGGCACAAUGUGGAGGCAGUCCACGAGAUACAAAGAGUAGAGGUAAAGGCGAACAAGCAGUCCAAACAGGGAACAUAAUCAGAGUUGGUGGUUAUGACAGAGUUUACCAGCAGAGACUAGUUGAGUAUGGCAGGUUCAACAAGUUCAAUUAUCAGAGGCCUAUGCAGAUGAUUCCCAGGCAGAGUCAGAUGGCUCCCACCAAUAGACAUAAUGCUUCACCCAGCUUGCAUAGGCAGUUACCAAUGAUACAGUUAUGUUUUCAUGGGUAUUGCCACAGAUCCACUCUCCACAUCUUUCUUGGUCAGUGCCAAUUGUGUUGUCUCAUUGACUGGGGAGGUGGCGCAAAAGCCACGCUUCUGAAAACAUUUUCGCAUAUAUUAAUUUCGACAUUGUUGAGAAUUGAGAGACCAUCGAAGAUCAUUUUGCAGAAACUCUUCCUCCAUCCCCCAAAUUUGGAUUCUCAGUUUCUAACAGAGACGUUGUUCCCAAUGGCCAAUAAGAGAAUCUGGGAAGCCACCGUUUCCUCUGCGUCUUCAAAACCUAGAUGGAAUCACGAUGUGUUCUUAAGCUUCAGUACUCUAGAUACUAACAACAAAGCCAAAAGCAUCAUCGAUAGCCUCUAUAAUGCUUUGGUCCAAAUUGGGAUUCGAACCUUCAGAAACAACGAUGAACAGAAGAGAGGAGGAGAGAAAUCAAUUGAAGAAUCGAUGAUCUCUAUAAUACUUUUGUCAAGAAAAUACGUUUCUUCGAUGUUGUGUUUGGAUGAACUGGUGAAGAUAGUUGAAUGCAGAAGCAGCAGGACGACUGGUCUAACUGUUUUGCCUGUUUUCUGUGAUGUCCAUCCAUCGGAUGUACGGCAACAGACCGGUAGUUUGGAAGAAGAGUUUGCUAGACAUGGGGAGCGUUUCGGAAAAGAGAAGGCGGCGAGGUGGACGGCGGCUCUUACUAAAGUGGCUAACCUUUCUGGUUGGGAUCUGCAUGACGCUUCCAAUGGGCAGGAGGAAAAAUUUGUCCAAAAGAUUAUUGAUUAUGUUGUUUCGAUUAAACGAAGUCGAACACCAUUGAAUAUUACUAGUUAUCUCGUUGGAAUAGAAUCUCAUGUUGCAACUUUGAUGAGUUCAUAUAUAUGUCAUUCUCCAUGUGAAGUUCGUAUCAUCGGAAUUUGUGGUAUCAGUGGAUUAGGAAAGACAACCAUUGCGAAAGCCGUAUAUAAUGAAAUUUAUCAUAAAUUUGAAGCUUGCAGUUUCCUUGAGAAUGUCAGAGAAGUUUCACAACAACCCGAUGGUCUAAUUCAUUUAUAAGAACAACUCCUUUCUGAUGUCCUUAUGAAGAAAAACUUGAAAAUAAGCAAUGUUGCUAGAGGAAUAAAUGUGAUCAAACAAAGGCUUCACUGCAAAAAAGUACUUAUCGUUAUUGAUGACAUAGAUCAUUCAGAGCAAUUAAAUGCAUUGGCGGUUAAGCAUGAUUCGUUUGGUAUGGGAAGUAGAAUUAUUAUCAUAUCAAGGGAUGAACAUUUGUUAAACAAGGCUGAAGCGUGUCACAUUUAUCAUCCUGAAGAGUUUGACUCACAUGAAUCUCUUCAACUUUUCAGUUGGCAUGCAUUUAAGAAUGAUUCUCCACCAGAUGACUACAAGGAACUUUCAAAUGAGCUAGUCGGUAAUAUCAAAGGACUUCCAUUAGCUCUCGAGGUUAUGGGUUCUUCAAUGUUUGGCAAAAGAAGUUUAUCUGAAUGGGAGAAUGUAUUAGCCAAACUAAAAAGUACUCCUAGUGAUCAAAUUCAAAAAAAUCUUAGAUUAAGUUUUUAUGAUUUGGAUGCCAUGGAGAAGGAUAUUUUCCUUGACAUCGCAUGCUUCUUUAUUGGAAUGGACCAAAACUAUGUAUCUAAAAUAUUAGAUGGAUGCAACUUGUUUUCAACUAUCGGAAUCCGUAUUCUUGUUCAAAGAUCUCUUAUUACAAUUGAUGGAGAUGAGAAACUAAGGAUGCAUGAUCUUCUUAGAGAGAUGGCAAAGCAAAUUAUUCGUGAAGAAUCUCCUGAGCAACCUGGGAGACGGACGAGAUUGUGGUCACGAGAGGAUAUUUAUGGUGUAUUGGCGAAACAUGAGGUGCUCAAAAGGUUGAAAAUCCUGAACCUUAGUCAUUCGAGUUAUUUGAGGAAAACUCCCAACUUCUCAGGACUCCCCAGUCUUGAGGAACUGAUCCUUGAAGAUUGUAAAAGUCUAGUUGAGGUUCAUCAAUCUAUUGGGUAUCUUGACAAGCUUAUUAUCUUGAAUCUGAAAAACUGCAAUAAUCUUAUGAAGCUUCCAGAUGGCAUUGGUAUGUUGAGAUCUCUUGUAGUACUCAAUCUCAAUGGUUGCUCGAAACAGGUACAAUCUACUUCAUGGUUUUCUUCAUCCCCUCAAUAUCUCAGUUCACUAAGAAGACAACGUACUUGUACUACUUUGCUUCCUGCUUCUCUCUCUGGUUUAUGCUCUUUGAAAUCAGUAGAUCUCAGUUACUGCAAUCUAUCAGAAGAUUUGAUUCCCAAUGAUUUCUGGAGUCUGCCAUUGUUGAAUGAAUUAAGAUUGGACGGGAACAAAUUGUGCAUCCUACCAGACAGCAUUAGACAUCUUUCUCGUCUUACAUUACUUACAUUGAUAAAUUGUAGCGAUCUCAAACUACUAACAGAGCUUCCUUCAAACCUAAAGAUUUUGGGUCUAGGUGGUUGCUCAACAAUGGAAAUAUUACCAUCCAAUAUCAGUGAUCUCUUCGGACUUCUGAUUCUUGAUCUGAAUGGAUGUAAGAGGCUACAGUCAUUUCCAAAGCUUCCAUCGUUCUUAGCUAUGUUGCGGAUAAGCGGUUGCACAUCUUUGCAAGGAGUGGAUGUUAAGGGCUUGGGGUUUAUAAGAUAUUUAGUUAUCAACUAUGAUCACUUCUGUAGUCAAUUGGAUGAAAUAAGUUGUCUUCCUAAUCUUGAGAGAUUAACUCUGAAAGGCUGUGAGAGGCCUCAAACACUGCCAAAGCUUCCACCAAGUUUAGAUUGCUUGUUUGUAGAUGGCAACAUAUCCAUUUUCAACUCCAUGGAGAUCCAGAGCAGCAUGGAAACUUCUCAAUCUGUUGUACGAGGCGUCCACUUGGAAUGGUACCACCAUCUGGGGAACACUUUGAGGAAGAACAGCCUUUUCCAGUAUGUUGUUAGUGGUUGA